AUGAAGCGUCUUUCUUCAUUCCUGCAGCGCGCAAGAGGACGGAAACCCUCUCCUACUCAGCCUGAACAUCCUUCUCCGGCUCCUCCAGGGCAGGUUCCAGCUCCAGCACCCCAAGCUUGCCCACCAUCGCAACAAUAUAAUAUCCAGGCAGCUGGUGCAACACUUAGUGUGGCAUUGCAGAACCAAACUACGUCUUCUACAGUGUAUGCCUAUAUUACCGGACAGGCACUCGACAAUAACAAUGCUUUAUUUCUACUUUCCGCUGACGGACGAACACCAUACUAUCCCACCUCACCAGGGUCCGUCGGUUCACCACUUCCACAAAACUGUGCCAUCGCUCUCGGUGCGCCAGGGAAUACUGUGACUGUAACAAUCCCGCAUAUCGCAGGUGGUCGGAUCUGGUUUGCGAUCGGAUCUACCUUGACUUUCCUCCUCAACCCAGGUCCUGCUCUGGUCGAACCGUCUGUCACCAAUGCGUCCGAUCCUAAUGCCAACAUUGACUGGGGAUUCGCCGAGUUCACGUUCAACCAGGACCAGCUUUACGCCAACAUCAGCUACGUCGACUUCGUGGGCCCACCGAUCGCGCUUACCCUCACGACGGUGAACAGUGGGACUCAGCACGUCUCAGGCAUGCCGGCAAAUGGUCUCGACCAAGUCUGCAACGGCCUCCGCUCACAAAACUCCACUGACGGCAAGGGAUGGGACCAGUUGAUCGUGACGCGCAACGGGCAAAACCUGCGCGCGCUCUCCCCCAAUCAAGGUAUGGUAACCAACGCGAACCUCUUCGCAGGCUAUUACGACGACUACGUCAACCGGGUCUGGACGAAAUUCACGACUCAAAAGAUGUCGAUCGACACGCAAGCUUCAUACGGCACGGUGUCUGCGCAGGUUUCUGAGCCUUCGGACACAUUGUCCUUUGGCGGUUCGCAAUUCUCGAAACCCUCGACACGAGACAUCUUCACUUGCUCGACUGGUCCUUUUGCGACCGGCUCGAAUGCCGAGACCAAUGCGAUCAUUCCUCGACUAGCUGCGGCGUUCAACCGGUCUACACUGCUCGUCAGCGACACCUUCCCCGCCGAUCAGAGUCUUUACUACCAAGAUCCCGUCACGAAUCAUUAUAGCCGGAUCGUGCAUGCGGCGAAUCUCGACGGGAAGGGCUACGCGUUCCCUUAUGAUGAUGUCCAGCCCACGAAUGGAAAGGAUCAGAGCGGAGAAGUGCACGCGGGAGACCCCACGUUGUUCACGGUGACGGUGGGAGGCGGGAAUGCCAGUGUCAAUCCGCCAAAGAAGGAGCUUUGA